AUGCCUUUCAGUAAUGGGGCUCCCAAGACACCUCAGAAGCUGGGGUUGGUGUUGGGAGAUCCGCAUGGCAACAAGACCCUCCAGCAGGGUACCCCCUCUGGAUACCAGAUGGAGGUGCUGACGUUCCCUCAUGCCCACUUCGGUCCCAGGAGGCAAAAGAGAGACUGGGUUAUCCCUCCCAUCUCCAUCCCAGAGAAUGAAAGAGGCCCAUAUCCAAAAAUGGUGGCUCAGGUCAAAUCUAACAAGGACAAGGAAAUCCGGGUUUUCUAUAGCAUCACCGGCAAGGGCGCUGACGAACCUCCUCGUGGUGUGUUCAUCAUGGACAGAGAAACAGGAUGGCUAAAGGUGACAGUGCCCCUGGACAGGGAGCAGGAGUCCCGCUAUGUUCUUCUCCUUCAUGCUGUGUCUUCAAAUGGGAACGCUGUGGAGGACCCGAUGGAGACAGUGAUCACAGUGACAGACAAGAAUGACAACAGGCCCGAAUUCACCCAGGCGGUCUUUGAGGGGUCUGUGAUGGAAAGAGCCCAGCCAGGAACAUCUGUGAUGCAAAUCACAGCAACGGACGCGGAUGACCAUGAGAACACCUACAAUGCAGACAUUGCUUACACCAUCCUCAGCCAGGACCCCUCAGUACCUCACUCCAGCAUGUUCACCAUCAACUGGAACACGGGAGUCAUCUCUGUGCUCGCUUCUGGGCUGGACCCACAGAGCGCUCCUGCGUACACCCUGACAGUCCAGGCCGCCGACCUCCAAGGUGAAGGCUUACGGUCCACAGCAACAGCCGUGAUCACAGUCACCCAGAGCAACCCCAACCCUCCCGUCUUCAGCCCCGCUGGGUACGUGGGCCAGGUGUUUGAGAACAAGGUGAAUGCCGGGAUAGUGAGGCUGAAGGUGCAGGAUGCAGACCCCCCCGGCUCCCCCGCAUGGAAGGCAGUGUUCUCCAUCCUAAAUGACAGAGCAGGCCUCUUCACUGUCACCACAGACCCUGAGACCAAUGACGGCCUUUUGAAAACAGCCAAGGGUUUGGAUUUUGAACAGCGAUACACCCUCUACGUGACAGUGGUGAACGCGGUGCCCUUGGCGUCUCUCCCCACAUCCACGGCCACCAUCACCGUGGAUGUGCUGGACGUGAAUGAGGCCCCUGUCUUUGUACCCCCGAUGAAGAUGGUGGAAGUGCCCAAGGAUGUUGGUGUGGGCCAGGAAAUCACAUCAUACAGGGCCCAGGACCCAGACAGCCUCCAGUGUCAGAAAAUCAGGUACCAGAUAUGGCAUGAUCCAAGCCAUCGGCUGGACAUCAACUCAGAAACAGGAGUCAUUUCCACUCGAGCCAGUCUGCACGGGGACGACAUGAAGGACCACACAUUUUCAGCUGUUGUCAUAGCUACGGACGAUGGGCAACCUCCUGCCACGGGCAACGGGACCCUUCUCCUCACUUUCUCUGAACCAGACUGCCCAGCAGUGCCAAAAGAAACCUUCGCAUUAGAGAAGUUUCCAGAGUAUACAGUGUCCCAGUGA